UAUCCACUAUACCUACCCGGAGUCAAACACGUCAAGCCAUGGCAGGUCCAGCCAAGAAGAAGCAAAAGCGCGAAGAAAAGCAAGAAGGCGAAUUGCCGCAGAAAAAAUACUACCGCCAAAGAGCGCAUGCAAAUCCUUUCAGCGAUCAUGACUUGACCUACCCAGAGUCGCCAGACGCCAUGGACUGGAGCCAGCACUACCCUCACUUCAUCGCUCCUCAAAAUGGCGACAGCAAGAUCGAAAAUGGCACGCCAGCAAAUGGACAACCUCCCACAAUGACCAAACAAGUCACAAUCGCAGACAUAGGCUGCGGCUUCGGCGGCCUAACCUUCGCCCUCUCCCCCAAAUUCCCCUCCAACCUAAUCCUCGGCCUCGAAAUCCGCACCUCCGUAACCUCCUUCGUGCAAGACAAAGCCCGGGCCCUCCGAACCCAACACGCCUCAACAUCCGGCUACCAAAAUGUCUCCUGCGUGCGCGCCAACACCAUGAAAUUCCUCCCAAACUUCUUCCACAAAGCUCAACUCGAAAAAAUCUUCCUCUGUUUCCCGGAUCCGCAUUUCAAAGCACGGAAACAUAAGGCGAGAAUCGUGAGUACGACGUUGAAUUCAGAGUAUGCGUUUGUGAUGAAGCCCGGAGGGAAAGUUUAUACGAUUACGGAUGUGGAGGAUUUGCAUUUGUGGAUGGUGGAGCAUUUGGAGGCGCAUCCGAGUUUUGAGCGUGUGGGGGAGGAGGAAGUGGAAGGGGAUGAGUGUGUGAGUACGAUGCGGGUGGAGACGGAGGAGGGCAAGAAGGUGGAGCGGAACAAUGGGAAGAAGUUUGUGGCGGUGUUCCGAAGGCUGGAAGAUCCGCCGUGGCCGUGAGAUGGUUCAUAAUGAGCGAGUGGAUGAGAGAAGCAGAUUUGUGCAUGAGAAAGUUUGCAACAAACGA